AGCGUUUAACUUAUUGUAUAUCGCUUCAUAAACUGCUAUCUUCACCUAGCUCUGUAUUUCCGAAUUUAUAUAUUUAGGUACCUAUAUACUAUAUAACUAUCGAUCUUUUACAAUUUCGAACAAGAAUGCUUUUGACAUCGUCGCAAGUCUCGGUUUUAAUUUCGUCGGGAAUUGUUGUCUUGUUCACGGCAGCAUUGUUCCUCAGCGGCUAUGCAAUUCAGCAGCGAACACUGCGCGACCUACGAGCAGCUAUCAAACCCAACCGAAUACCUCGACCGAGCCCCAAAGUCUACUUCCCAGAACACCGCGACUCACCUAGCCAGCUCGAGGACAUGAUAAGCGAUUCGCGACUGCGGCACCGCCGUAAGAAACAUGGGGCAGAUGAGGAAGAUUUUGUCGUUGUGCGUCCUACCGUGCCGGAGGAGGGGCUAGAGAAAUCAGAGUGGGAAGAGUCGGCUGCGUCGGAGAAAGACGAUGUUGCUGGGGCAUUUGCGGGAACGCCGGACGCUGUGGAGGAACCUACACCCAAGAAGAAGCUCGAGGAGAAGCCAGUCAGCAGAGCUGAGAGGAGGCAGAAGAUUAAAGAGGAGAUACGACGGUUGUCGGAAGGCCAGGAACGAGUAUACUAUCAGCGACGACUAUGGUAGUUUUUACCUCACUAUGCUGCUAUUCUCUAAAAGCUACUAUCUACUUGGUACUGUUCAUAUACAUAGGCAUGCAUUAGGAUUGGUGGGAACGGGGCUUUUAGGGAACCUGGGGGCUGAUUUUCGGAUGAGAUAGGUAUAGGUUAGUGGAUUCCAGGCACGACAUAUAACGAAUGGCAAAGGGGCGACGACGUAGGAUCUGUACGAAUAGUUUAUGGGACAACGGUUAGGGUUACUGGGUAAGAAUGCAGGCGGAUCUUUUUGCCU